GUUUAUUAAAUUCAGUGCUCGUGAGCUAUGACGGAACGUACCACUUGGUCGCAUAAAAGUUUUUUUUCUUCUAUGUUACUAUUUUACUCAACUUUCAAGUUGCGCGCGCAAUGAAUCAAGCACCAGUUUCCUGCAUUCCAGCGUCAACAAAGAUGUCAAAGGCGAAGAAAGUCAUCGAUGAAGCUAAGGAGAUCGAAAAUCCUGAAUUGGAUUUGGCCGACAAAGGCAUAGCUUCUUUCGAAGAAAUGCCAGGUUUAUUCAACAUGCUGAAUAUUACGAGACUCACACUGAGCCACAACAAGAUUCAAGUUGUGCCACCUGGUUUGGCUAACUUGGUGAACUUGGAAAUACUCAACUUGUUCAACAACACCAUUGAAGAGCUGCCAACAUCACUGUCUUCCAUGCCAAAAUUGCGUAUUUUGAAUGUUGGCAUGAACAGACUGGGCUCAUUGCCGAGAGGGUUCGGGGCGUUUCCCACGCUGGAAGUGUUGGAUCUGACCUACAACAACAUUGACGAGACCAUGCUGCCUGGGAACUUCUUCAUGAUGGAGACUUUGCGUGCACUAUAUCUUGGUGAUAACGAUUUUGAAUAUAUUCCACCAGAAAUCGGCCACCUAAAAAAUCUUCAAAUUUUGGUGCUGAGAGAGAACGAUCUCAUUGAACUGCCAAAAGAAAUCGGGGAGUUGACUCGUCUGAGAGAGUUGCACAUCCAAGGAAACAGACUGACGGUUCUUCCUCCUGAAAUAGGCAACUUGGACUUGGUGAGCAACAAGUCAGUCUUACGGAUGGACUUCAACCCAUGGGUUACCCCAAUAGCCGAUCAGCUCCAAGUUGGUGUCUCUCACGUCAUGGACUACAUCCGCACAGAGACGUACAGAUACGUGUACAACCGGCAUGUAGCAGCCAAGGGGCCCCCGCCAGAGAAAUACUUGGACAAGAGCAAGAAAUUAUCUCGUGUGCGGCAACAGAGCUAGUCGUCUGACGUUUUCUAACCAACAUUGUUACCUUGGUCAACCGCUACGUCUUGCUAACGUCACAGCAAUCCUACCUAACUUAUUUAUAACAAUCAAGCUUUAUCUUACACUGCCAUGAAGUAUAUUUUCUUUUGUAGGUUUACAGGGUUGCUGCAUGUUAGGGAAAACCUGGAGAGUUAAUUUAAUGUUAUUUUAUUACUAAAGGGAGCAGGCAUAGGGUUCGAAAGAUGCCUUAUGUUUCAACAGUUAUUAUGCCGUUACAAUUUUUUUUUCUUUGGUAUUGAAUAUUUGCUUAUGUUAGGCAGAGAUGACACAUGUGAUUUUCAAAGUCAGUGAGAGUUUAUAUAGAGUAUCAACAGCAUUAUGUCAGUUGUUAGUCAUUCCUGAAAAUUAAACACCAGUAACUUCACAGGGUAAACUGUUUGUAGCAGUCAGUCACUAUUACCUUUAGGUAAUUCAUAAAAUUAAAUACAAUGCUUUAAUAAAAGUCAAAUGAGAGAAAUUUAUUAUGGCAGGGAAAAAUAAAGUUUAAACCCAUAAUGGUGUCAUUCUGUCCUGAUCUCUACCGCUGAAUCUGCAAAUUUUAAUUCUAAACACAAUAUUAGUUCAAUAGAUUUCUUUAUAACACUAAAAAUAUUUACUGCAAUAACAGUAUUCAUGGAUGUAAUAAAGACCAUACUAUUGAAGAUUAAACAAACAUUUUCAUUAAAUUUUGCAUCAAAUAGUUGUGAUUUUUUUUUAUUAUUAGCUAAUUUGGUUGAAUAAACAACUGUUUGACUUCAUAAAUUACUAGACAGUAAUAAUUGGAAAAGUCAGGGAAAAUUUGAAUUUGACACUUUUGUUGCAACCAUAAAAUAUUGUUAGUCAUUGUAGCGUAUGUUCUGUAAAAAGUUUCAUAGAGUAACAAUUAUCAUCCACAAUCCUUCAAUUAUACACUUAUCAUCGUGUCCUUACUUUGUACCUAACACACAGUUGCGUCUUUUUAACGUUAACAUGUAAUUUUGUAAUCAUUUUUUAUGAGGUACUUUCUAUAGAAGAAUUACAGUGUUUCAUAAUGCUUUUAUUUUUAUGUGAAUGGACAAUGAAAUGAAUUUGUGUGUGUUUUAAUUUUAUAGUAGUAUAUUUGCUUGAUUCUUACAGUAAUUGUUUUUGUUUACUGCGGAGAAAGACAUACUGUGAAAUUGGACAUAAGUACACUAGAACCUCGAUGUCACGUAUGCUCAUGAUUCCUUCCAUGGAUUGCAUUCUUAAAAUUGGGGGUGGCCAUUUCCCUUAAUUCCCCCCCCCCCCCCCUCCCUUACCCUAAAGAAGAAUAUUGUAUUUUUACUUUUUGAACCAUCUAUAUCUGGUAUUAUUUGUGUGUAUUUGGUCUUUAAAAAUAAAAUACUAUUAAAUGCUAUUAAUGCAACAACAACAAAAAAACCUCCAGUGACCGUGUGAACAUGGAAUGCGUGCUGCCACUCUGCCACCCUCCUCGCAUGUAUUAACUUGUGAUACUGUUUCUCCCACAGCAAACAUUAAAAAAUAUCUACUGUACACUACAGCACAUCUGGCUGCAUGAAUAGUACUUCCAUUUGUGAACUGCUCGUAUUAUUUUUUGAGACCUACACAUUUCAGAAAUUUUUUACGUAAAAUAAUCAAGCGAACCACAUACAGUAGCACGUAGUACAUAUUUGGUUUCCUUUCUCCCCUGCUACUUAUUUUGCAACCACUUAUACUUUUCUCCUACUCUCUAUUAUUAAUACCACCCAAGAACAUGCCAGUAUCCAAUCUUUAUGGGAAAGAUAAAGGAGGGGUGAAAAGAGCAACAUAAGGAUGUACUACUGGUUUAAGUCUUACCUAAGGGCCUGGUUGAUAAGCUGUAAGAAUUUCCUGCAUUUGUAUUUCUACAUGCUUCCCCUUACCAGCUUCACAAGUUAAUCUUUAACUUGCUGUUAAUAAUGUUUAUGAACCCACAUUGAUUACCAGAAGUUCAGUGUAUACCUCUACUGUUUCAUAAAAGUGAUAGGCAUUUGUGGUCAAGAAAAACACUGUGCUAUUACACACAUUUAUUUAAACAUACUGAACAUUUUAGUGUGAUAAAACAGUUGUGGUGUUUUUUUUAAUUAUAAAAAUGCUGUUCGCAGCUUAGUUUAAAAACCACACCAUGUGCCUACAAACAGUAUCACAUUAACCAUUUUUGAGUGAACAUCCCGGCAGAUUGGAGGAAUGCAACAUGUUAAAAACACUGGGUUGUUGGCUGUUACCCAUGUGGGGAGGAAGUUGCUACUCAGUUUUCUUUCUUUGCUCGUGCUACACACGGUUGGCACUGCUACGCAACUCAUGUGCUGGAAAUGUAAUAUGUAAAAGAAGAGUAGUGUUCAUUUGCUGUAAAAUAUGUUUACAGCCCUGCUAAAUGUUACCAUCAAAUUUUAAGUGUUGUGAUUUUCCUGAAGAAAUACUCUUGUUUGACUAAUAAAUAAAGUGUACCUAGUCUACUUUUUAAUGUCCGAUGCCAUAACUUAUAUAGUAUUUUACAUUAGUAAAUGGCUGUCGUGUGGGCCUUAAAAUAUUGAUUUUACCGGAGAAUGGACUAUAUACACAUCACUGUGUGGUGCUUUUAUCGCAUGUGAGUUAGGAGGGGGGGGGGGGGUGUUAUUUAAUAUGGGGUUUAUAAAAUUGUGGUUCUAGUGUAUCUGAAUGUGCUUAAGUUGGGUGGCUUAUUAAAAUUGUUUAACUGGAUGAAUUGUUAACCCAGCUUACAAAAACCUACAGAAAUUUGUAUUUAUAUUGAUGUUAAACCAAUUGUUCUAUUGUUGCCACAUUUCACAAAGUUUAAUAAAAAUAUUUUUAGAAGUA